AUGUGAGCUAAAUAUCCAGUUGAACCUCUUGAAACCGAAGAGCUCGUUGACAAAUUCAAUCGACCACGAGACGAGCACUUCUAUGAUCAGCUUGCAUACGUUGAAUCCGCCCGACCACAGUUCAAAGGAAUGGAAUUACCCCCUGUCCAACUCAAGCCUGGAGAAAUUUCCAGAUAUGAACCACCUAGGGAAGAGAUGGAGACGGUUGCCCUCCGAGCUGUACCAUCGCAAGAGAAACCCGUCCCACAACCUGAGCAACCCGAUUGGGUCCAAGGUGGUGUGCUGCCAGGAAAUGUUGAAGGACGAUUUAAGAAGCUACCCACUCCACCAAAGGAAGUCGAAAUUCCAGCUCGUGAUCAGAUCACGUUAAAGAUGGCUAAACCAAAACCAGCUUCAGAGGUGCGAUUUGGAUCAUUGAAGGAGAAAGGGUUGAAAAUCCUA